GUUUUGUGUUUGUCUCGAUGUUGUUUUACUAAAUAUUAUUCUUAGAAGUGUUCUGAUUGAUGGAACUGUGAUUUUAGUUUUAGUUGUAAAGGUUUGGUUAUCAGUAACAUUUAUGAUAAUGUUAAUUCCUGUCGUAUUUAGUGACCUCUAAAAUCGUCCGGAAAUGUCAGCUAUAAGUAGCGAAGUCAUACACAUACACCCUACGUCAAACUAACAUUGCCAUGACCUCAGAAACUCCCAAAGAUGGCGCUGAAAGCACCUCCAAAAAGAAGGAUAUAAACAUUACCGAAGAUGGAAUCGAAAAUAAGGCGGAAAUGCGACAAGACAGUCUACAUAAGACGCAUACACUUAUGCACCUAGUUUAUGAGUUGCCUGAUGAAUUCGAACCAAAAAAUAGCAAUAUGCUUAAAGAAAACCCACCAAUAACUAUAGUUGAGAUCAAGGAACAGAAUGGUUGUGAAACGGAGCUAGACAGUGCUUUUAAUAGAAAUUAUUUUAAAGAAUCUAGUCCAGAUGUAGGCAAUAAAGUCGUAUACGACGUUCUAGCUAAUAAUGAGGCGAUAUCUGAUGAAUUCAAAGAAGUCAUUGAAAUUUCUACGCCUGAUUGUUCAGACGAUGAUGUUGAAGAAUUGAGAAAGCUACUAGAAAGCAAACCUAAGUUGCUAGAGAAAUAUUUAAGAGAAUAUGCGACAACUGAUGAAGUUAAUAGGAUACAAAAUUUAGCAUCAGGUGGAGCCCUAUCUCCGCAACCUCAACAUCAAGCAAGAAGUACAUCAGUGACUUCGGAGCUAAUCCAGUCAUGGCUAUCGUCAUCUCCGGUAAAGAGGUCACGUUCUCCGAGCUACUGUGCACAAAGGCCGGUAGAUGAGGCGGAACUAUUUAUGGAGCUCAUUAAAGAUGUGGCGAAUGAAUUAAACAUUGAUGUCUUAUGUCAUAAGAUUCUAGUAAAUGUAUGCUUGUUGACUACGGCAGACAGAGGCAGCUUAUUUCUCGCGAAGGGCACACCACCUAACCGGUAUCUUCAGGCCAAACUGUUUGAUGUCACUCGUGAUACAGAUUUGUACGAUGCAUUACGCAAGGCAAGAACCCAGGAGAUUAGAAUACCGUUCGGUGUUGGUGUAGCCGGAUUGGCUGCUCAAACGAAACAUCCAAUCAACAUCAAAAAUGCUUACGCUGACCCAAGAUUCAACAGUGAAAUAGACGCGCAGACAGGCUACAAGACAGAGUUGAUACUGUGUAUGCCGAUCUGUAACUACGAGGGUGAUGUCGUUGGUGUGGCACAAAUCAUCAACAAAACUGAUGGGUCAAAGGAGUUUUCCGCGCGUGACGUGGAAGUAUUCCGCCGGUAUUUGACGUUCUGUGGGAUUGGUAUCCAAAAUGCCCAGCUCUUUGAGUCUUCGGUGCUGGAGUACAAAAGAAAUCAAAUACUGCUGGCGUUGGCAAGGAGUAUAUUUGAGGAGCAGAGUAACUUGGAGUGUCUUGUCACGAAGAUAAUGACGGAAGCGAGAGAACUGUUGAAGUGCGAACGAUGUGCUGUAUUUAUAUUGGAUACAGACCACUGCGAGUCGAGUCACCUGGAGCGUAUCGUGCAACGUCCCGGAGGUCAACGGAGCGGCAACCUCGCCUUGCCUCCCCCCGCACCAACCCGCUUUCACACACUAUUCGAGUUGGGUGCCUUGCAUUCCCGGACAACGCUUACUCCAAGACAUGACGCAACUUCAACUCUCGCCUCUAUUGCGUUGGCUGUUGCAAGAUCGAAUAAAGCUCUCAACAUAUCAGACGUUGAAGAUUGGCGAAGGGAUAACGGAAUGGUUGUGAUUGAUAAAGAUAAAGAUGACGCUGCAAAUAUUCGCACGAUGCUCUGCAUGCCAAUUGUGAAUGCCAAUAAGGAUGUUAUUGGUGUUGCACAGUUGAUUAAUAAGGAGAAUGGAUCACAGUUCACAGAUGGCGAUAUUUCUAUAUUUGAAGCAUUUGCUAUAUUCUGUGGACUUGGUAUCCACAAUACACAAAUGUAUGAAAACGCUUGCAAGCUGAUGGCAAAACAAAAGGUGGCUUUGGAAUGUCUCUCGUACCACGCUACUGCUUCAGCUGAUGACACCAGCAAGCUGUGCCAGGAUAUCAUUCCAUCAGCUGAAGUCUACAACCUGUAUAGCUUUCAAUUUCAUGAUUUCGAUUUGGCUGAUGAAGACACAUGCAGGGCGACUCUUCGUAUGUUCCUACAGUGCAAUUUAGUUGAGAAGUUCCAUAUCCCUUACGAUGUUCUCUGCCGAUGGACUCUUAGCGUUAAAAAGAACUACCGACCCGUGAAAUACCACAAUUGGCGUCACGCCCUUAACGUGGCACAAACGAUGUUUGCGAUGCUUAAAACUGGCAAAAUGGAAAGAUUCAUGUCUGACCUGGAGAUCUUGGGACUUCUGGUUGCCUGUCUCUGCCAUGAUCUGGACCACAGAGGGACAAAUAAUGCCUUUCAGACGAAAACAGAGAGCCCACUAGCUAUACUGUAUUCGACCUCCACAAUGGAACAUCACCAUUUUGAUCAGUGUGUUAUGAUUUUGAAUAGUGAAAGCAAUAAUAUAUUUCAGGCUCUGUCUCCGACGGACUACAAAGACGUAAUGCGUGUGGUUGAAACAGCAAUACUGUCAACAGACCUCGCGAUGUAUUUCAGAAAAAAAACAAAGUUCCUGGAACUUGUUGAGAAUGGAGAGUUUGAUUGGCAGAGUCAGGAAAAGAAGGAAUUGUUAUGUGGAAUGAUGAUGACCGCAUGCGAUGUAUCAGCUAUUGCAAAACCUUGGGAGGUCCAGCACAAAGUGGCAAAACUUGUCGCUGACGAGUUCUUCGAUCAGGGUGACUUGGAGAAGCUGCAGUUGAACCAGCAACCCAUUGCCAUGAUGGAUAGAGAAAAGAAGGACGAACUACCACAAAUGCAAGUUGGUUUUAUAGACAUGAUUUGUCUGCCGCUGUACAAGGUAUUAUCCGACACCUUCCCGUGGAUACAGCCAUUGUACACCGGGACAAUGGAGAACAGACAACGUUGGCAGGACCUGGCCGAAAAAGUUGAAAUGGGCUUGACCUGGAUCGAUCAUGACACUAUCGAUAAACCCAUUGAGGAAUUUACAACAUCAAACGAAGCUAUCAAGGACGUGGAGUUCACAGUAACGACAUUAAAUUGCCAGCGACCAGUAUCUGACUCAAACACAUUGGCACUUGUGAAGCCAAUCAAAACCUCUUUUCACUCGUUAAGAAGAGGGAAAAGCACUUCUAUGGCUUCACGGCCUGCAAGGAGUAAGCUGACCAGGUCUCUCUACGCGGCCCCAAGCAGCCGCGAAGAAAGAGAUCGAACAGUGAAGGAGACGAUCGUGACCCAAAUCAAGAACCACACAGCAGUUGUGACGGAAAAGGAAGCAAACUGUCAGGCCAGCAAGACAUCUAAGCAUAAAGGACGGUUAUGCCAUAUGUUGUGACGGUUAAGUUUAAAUUGGUCGAGCCAAAGCAGUGACAACAGCAAGGACAACAUUAAGCCGUCCAAAUCAUUCGACUAGUGGACAAUGACGUCACACAUUCUUUCACGAACUCUUUGUGUAGUUAUAUAGUCUUGGAGGAUUCAGAUGAAUUGGCCAUCUCGGGAUGAAUUGACCAUCUCGGCUAAUAUAAUAUGGUGAAGUACUAGUAAUUACACCUUUACCAUUAAUUCACUUCCUCGAAAUUCCGAUUUGUGAAAUAUUAUUGGUAUAAUAAACCCGGAAGGUGGAAACAGCUGUAAAAGUUUGAAUGCACGAAAUUUUCUGUGAAAUUUGGGGUUUGUUGUACAAAUUAAUGACAAACAAGGCUUCAGUGUAUUAUAAUAUUAUAUACUGUGGCCUUAGAUUAAGGAUUGGUCAUCGCUGCGCUCUAGAUACCGCUCUACCUGAGAACAAUAGCUUUUUUAUUACGGCACCUAUUAGAUGCUUGUGUGCGUGGCAUCUUGACACUCAAUGGCAUCUUUCAAAUUUUGUAACAAACGCUUCGUGUUAUUUUACAUUGAAAUUAAUAAAAUACAAAAUACUUACUGAUGAUAUUAUGUGAUCCCAGUGUCGUUCUUAUAGUAUUAUAUUUAUAAAGUUUUACUACUCAACCCGGCAUUUUAAUUUAAAAAAAAAAAUAUUAGCAAAGUUUAAUAGAACAACGUCACACAUUGUUCGAGACUGGCUCGAGUACACUUGGGCGUAGUAUUAGUUGCCGCACUUUGCGGCUACGCCUGUGGUAUCUAGUUGGAGCGCAGCAGAGACCAAUCCUGAAUCUAAGGAAGGAACCUUAACAAGCAAUUUUAAUCCAGCCAAAGAUAUUAAUAAUGUAAUAUUAUUAUUAAUUUAUCUAGCAGCGCAGAAAUAUAAAAUACGCUAGGCUUAGGGUUGCCACCGUACGUACUUUAUAUCAUAUAUUAUACAAACCCAUUAUGAUACCCCAAAAAGUCGACUAUUUGUUGUAAUAUGUUAAAAAGGACAAAAAUUACCGUUUUUAAAAUAUUAAAUAAAUGAUACUCUUUUUUUGGAAGUCCGUACUCUUUUUUUCCUCCAUUUUUCUUCUAAUAAAAGGUGGCAACCCUAUACGCUGUAGGUAAUCAUUUUCAAAAAUAGUUGAAUUAUAUCUACUUACCUACUUUCACGGUUCUCUUAAACCACAGUUAAAAAAGUGUUAAAAUUUAAAAAAAUCGAAUAAUAAAAGGUGGAUUAAAUUUGGUGGAUGAAGUGAUGAAAACUAUGGAAGCGGUCAAUUGUAGUUUUUCAUACUAAGUAGAUAUUUACGUCUUUGCUAUGAAUGACAUCGUGUUUAAAAACAAUUUGAAUAUUUUUUUAAAGAAUUAGAGAAGUACGUAUGAUUUUAUCAUACGUACGAGAACUAAUUAAUUAUAAUAACAAUCAAACUAUCACACUAUUUGUUAUUUUUUUUAUUUGAUAACCGUUACUUCUGGGAUUAAUGACACAAAUUAAAUUAAGUAACAAAAUUUAUGAACGAUGCGGGACUCGAACCCGCGACCUCUCACGUUUCGUCCGAGCGCUCUUACCAACUGAGCCAACCGUUCGUGCGACACAUGGUUCGUAAAUCUUGGUAUGUCUUGUUCAACUCUCAGAUUGUGGCUUCAUCUGCAGGUUCUAUUUUACAGCUGAUAACCUGCUCAACCCCAAUAUUCGCAUAAGGUAAACAAGACAUAUACAAGAUUUAUCAACGAUACGUCACUCGAACGGUUGGCUCAUUGAAAGAGGACUCGCACGGAGCGCGAGAGGGCGCGAAUUCGAGUCCCGCAUCGUUCAUAAAAUUUGUUUAUAAAUUUAAUUUGUCAAACUAUUUACAACAGUUUUAUUAUAAACAUAAUAUUAUUAGCUGGCAAUACAAUCAAUAAUUUAUUGUACGAUACUACGAUACGAUCAAAGAAAGAAAAGAAGUAUAUUAAUAUUGUAUUUUAUUAUUUUCACUCCAAAAUUGAUCAACAUUGUUCUUAGGAAAUCUUAGGCUGGGUGGCAUCAUAUUAGCUGCAGUAAUAGUUAAGGUUUAAGUCAUAUUUAACCUUAACAGUAACGCCGACUUUAAUGUGUUGUACCAUCGUAUUACUAUAGUUAAAGUUAAUGUUAAAAAGUGAAAUAUCAAGGCAAAAUCGAAUAUUUAUUUGAAACUUUUGACAGGUUACUUUUUAGCUAUUUAACAUUAACAAUAGCUUUAAACGGCGAAGACUGAACGGUUACUGUUAACAGCUAAAGUUAUGACUUCAUCUAAAAAUUGUCAAAUGGUGUAACACAUUUUUUGUGUAUCCGGUACAUGUUUGUCAUUGCUAAAGUUAGUUGGUGAAACCCAGCUAAAAUUUAUUUCAUAACAUUUCCUUUUCAAUUAUGUAUUUUAAUAAUAUUUUAAUGAAUGUUGCCUAUGUAUGACGUGUUACUGAUAUGUAUGAUGUGAAAAUGUAUUGUAUGUUUUAUCGUGUAUUAAAGUAGUCGUUGCAUAAAUUCGAGGAAAGUUGAUAUUCUUCUAUAUUUGCUAUUUGUAUUUAUAACGACAAUUAAAUGCUUAUGUAUAUAGCAGUUACUAUCCUUAAAAAUACGUUAAAAUACUUUAAAUAAUUGAAAUGUGUCACGCUGUUUCAGAAUUUUUAAAUAAUUAAUGUUGUGUUGUUUAAUGUAUCGAAUACAAUGCGAGAUUCAAAACUUACAAAACUAUAUGACGUCAUUACUAAAACAAUCUUUAACACUUACAAAUAACUAGUUAUAUCCACGUUAAAAAUAUUUUAAUUUGCAAACCUGUUGUUGUAAAAAGUGAAGUCUCUUCAAUUCAUACAUUCAAUUUUAUGUUCAUACAUUAUAUUUAGUUGAAUGCUUAUUUUUGGAACAAAUGUUGCAUAUAUUCACUUAAUAUUAUUCAAGAAUUAUUUUCAAUAGGACAAAUACGUUAGUUGUUUCAUAGUUAUUUAGAAAUCAACUUUCCUUAUUUUAUGAUAGUCCUUAAAAUAAUUUAACUAUUGAUAUGUAUUAUCUAUAAAUGUAUUUAUACACUGUGAUCUAGAUUUACUUUACUCUAUUUAAACUAUGUAAAUAUACUGUUUCUACUAAAUUAAAUGUUGAAUGUUUAGAAAUAUGAGUUAUUCAGGGCUACAUUUUAAAAACCUUAUAGCACGAUAGUGUUCUUAAGAUCAUCUAAUGUUCAAUGUGUUUUAUCUAUUUAAAUAUAAUAUGAAAUAUUUUAAUUGAAAUGCUCGAAAUAUUGAAAACUCUUACGCGGAUCUAAAAGAGAGGCAUAUAAGCAGGGCAGCACUGUAAACCUACGUUUAUAUUACUAACAAAAUUGCUCUAUUUUACCUAAAUAGUCUACUGGAGAAGACGUCCACUGCUGGACAAAGGCCUCCCCCAAAGAUCUCCACGACGAUCGGAUUUUGCGCUACCCUCAUCCAAUGUAUUCCGGCGAUAUUGACCAGAUCAUCGGCCCAUCUUGUGGGUGUCAAUUGAGUUGAACUAUGUGCCCUGUCCAUUGCCACUUCAGUUUCGUAAUCAUUUAGGCUUUCUCGGUGACUUUGGUUCACCUACAAAUCUUCUCUCGGAUAUACUGUUACCAUAUAUGAAUUGAGAAAUAGAGAAAGAAUUGAUUUUUACAUAUAACCCUGUAUAUCUUGUAUGGGUCUUGCGCAACAAUAAAACUUUUGUCGUAAAUUAUUGAUUCCAUGGAGAAGUAUUUCAAGCAAUCAAAUUGGAAGGCCAACUUUCUUGUUCUACUAUGUUAUGUAACAAUAUAUAAGUCUCAAAAAUAUUUAGUGAUGUGGUGAAUAAAAAUAUAGAAUUUUUAUAAUUCUAAAUUUUCUUAAUGUUUGCAAAUGAAAAUAUAUUAUACUUGAAGGUCAAUUAUGAAAGCUGAUUUCAAAAGAAUUAAAUUGUUUCCUACUAUAAAACGCUAAAAUUUUAUGUGUUAGUGUUAAAUCUGAUAUCGUCAGAUAUAACUGAACGGAAUAGUGGGAGAGUAAUAUGCUAUAAAUCUUCGACACCUUUAUGUAUUUUUAUGGACAAACGAACUUAUGGAUCACCUGGUGUUAAGUGAUCACCGCCGCCCUUUCUCUUUAAACACCAGAGCAAUCACAGGAGCGUUGCCGGCCUUUAAGCAAGUUGUACCCAUUUUUAAUGGAGGUAAGGUCGUCGUCCCGGAAACACCGCAUAUGGAAGCUCGUUUCACAGCUUGGUUGUACCUGGAGAAAAGUUCCUUGAAAACCGCACUGUGGAGGACCGCCACACAUUCAGAUGGUUGAAUGAUAUUCUAAUUUGUAACGUGUCGUAAAUAAAAACCCCUCAAGGUUUCAUAUGAUAUCAUUAUAAUUGUUAUAAAUAUGUGAGUUUCUUACAUUAUUUAUCACUCCUUUACAUAUGACUUUAGCUAUAGAAAUCCUCUAACCUGACAAACAUGGUUUAACUAACAGUACCCCUUAAGAAUAUUAAUAAGAAGAAGUCAUUGGUAUUCCUGUGUGUUAUCGAAUUAUUCUCUGGUUAAUAUGGCAGGUUAGAGCAGUGAAGUGUCCAUUACUUUGCUUACAAUAUGAUGAAUAUUUUGAACUUUAUAAUAACACCAGGCGUUGUUAUACACGUGCAUGGAUUUUUAACCUGGGUUAACGAUUGUACUCAGUUUCCAGUUAGUUAAGUAGAAAAUAAAAUCAUAGAAACACAACAAAGUUACGAAUACAAAGGAUACAUCAAUUUACAUACACUGUAAAUAUAAUGUAACUUAAAACUUAACACCAUAACCGUUUGUGAAAGUUAAAAGAAGAAGUAAAUUGAUAUAAAAAUAAAUAAACGGAAGUUAGCUGAAUAAUAAUGUGUGCAAUAAAUACGAGCUUUAAAAAUUAUUAUUUUAACUAUGUUAUAUUUAUAAUUAUUUCAUUAUAACUAUUUUAACCAUCAUAAUAAUAUCUUUUUCAACAAAUUUCUCCGUUCAGUUCCUUCUUUCUCAAUUUCCCGCGAGCUGGUAUCUUUUCUUUUAUGUUUAUUCUUCCAAUAUUAUCAACUUGUUUCUUUCCGCAAGACCUAGUCUCUCGCAUACAUUUUUUGACUUUUCUAAAUGAAAGUACUCUAAUUUGAUUAUGUAGAAUUGUUAAAAUAUAAAACAUCAUAUUAGCUGUUACAGUUAAGAUUUAAGUCAAAUUUAACGUUAACAGUUACGCUGACUUUAGCAUAGACAGUGGAAGCGCGCCGUUGUAUUCCAUGGCAUAGUUAAAGUUGAAAAGUGAAUUAUCAAGUCAAUAUCGAAUAUUUUUUGACACUUGCCAGGUCGCGAAGAAGAUUGGACGGUUACUGUUAACAGUUAAAGUUAUGACGUCAUCUAAAAAUUGUCAAAUGGGGCAACAAAUUUUUCCUUUUUUGUACUUUAACAUGUUUGUUAUUGCUAAAGUUAGCUGAAUCAACCCAACCUAAAACCGACACACCGACCGGUUAAUGAAUUGAUGUUAAUUACAACUUCAUGUCUUCUCGCGUUACUGAGGUCUUUGUCUAAAAAUAAACUACUUAGUAACUCCAAAUUGAUAUAACUUUUGCAUAGACUGGUAAUUCAGAGAGCAAAUUAGUUAUAACUUUAAUCUUCAAUAAAAAAUUGAAAAAGAGAGCAUAGUAACUCUUCGUUGUAAUUUUACACGCUUUUUAUUCGUAUGUAUGUUUGUUUGUAACUGACUCAUUUGGGCUCGAUUUUGACUCACUUUAAACGGCCAGAUUUCGUUUAAACUUCGUAGAUUUAUCGAGGACCGAUGACAAUACAUUAUUUUGAUAAUUCUAUUUUUCAAUUUGCAAAAUAUAUUUUUGUUAUUUUAUAUAAUAUUCAUUUAUCGUCUAUAAGGAAGGAAAUGAUGUUAAUUUUAAAUUUUAACCAUUAUCUUUAAUCGAUUUAUCUAUUAAGAAAUUUUAAUGCAACAAUGCAAAUAAUAGUUUAAAAAAAAAACUAAAAAAAAUAUGAAUAUGAACCAAACUUAAAAGAAGAAAUAUUUUCUAUUUUUUAAUUCACUUUUCUAUAAAUGGCGUGUUUUUUAUUUUUUUUUAACUAUUAUUUAGUGACUAGCUUUUAUAAUAACCGUUUUAAAAUUAGCCAAAGAUAAAGUACAUAUUUGAACAGAAUAGAGUAUUUCAAUGGAAUUUUAUUGAAGUUUCCGACGACAUUAUGUAGACUCAGCUUAACCUUCACAUGUCACGCUAUCUGAGUCUACAACAUUGAAAAACUUGUAUAAUAUAUUAUUGGAAACAUUUUAUUUAUUGUUAAGAAUGAAGUAUUAUGAUUCUAGUCGUGUUCUUUUAACUUAAGAGAUUAUGUUACCAAAUGCGUCCAUCGCUUAUGAAGCCUUAUACUCGCAAUAAAACUAUAUUUUGUCUACUUUUAAUGAUAAUUGAUGGCACAUAAACCUACAAAUUAAUACUGUAAUUGAAUUAAAACGUCUGGGGACAAAAAUUUUCUACUCGGUCAAGUCAAACUUAGUUUAUACGUCUAGAUAGACUAUGACAGCCACUGGCUUCUGCUAUUUAUAACAUAGUGGUAGUGGUAUACCACUGGAGUUGCAACUGUCAAAGUGCUUUUGUGCCUGUUAGAUAUUCGCCAUUUAGCGCUGUUGGCCAUGUAGCGAGAGUCUGCGGUACUAAAACUAGUGAUGACAACCUCAGCUAAACAAACAUCGAUAGAUGGUGGGAAACUAUUUACAAAAAAAUAUGUGUACUUUAUUAGGUCGAUUCUUGAAGUGUAAAUAAAUAACACGGAAAACGAACGAAAUUAAUUAAAAAUAUAAAAAUACUUCAGAGUAUUGUACGUUCUUCGCGGCCAUUUUUAUCAUACGUCAAAAUAGGCUGAAAUAGGCACAAAAAACACUGCCCAGUCGUAUAUAUACAGGUCAGUGAAGAUGAAAGUGCUGUGAAAACGUCGAUAAAAAUUGACUUUAGAACUAACCUAUAUUUUCAGCAAUUCACGCACACUAACAUAAAGUGUCAUGCAAAUCCUGAGUGUAAGACGUAGGUUGUUACGCACUCUAAACUAAUAUACCUGGCCUGUUUUUAUCGGUUGUCUAACAACAAGAGACUAUCUAUACGUAUAAAUUAUCUAAGUUCUGAUAUAACGGUGACAAAGACUAACAAUUGUGUUACUUUAGUGAAAACUGAAAAGAGGGUGUUUAUCUUGAACAAUGUUACUUGAUAAAUUAACCAUUUAAGCGCAAAUACGGUUUAUGUGACAUUACUUUGAAAUGUUAUUUUAAUAUUGUAAUAACUAGUCUAGAUAAAAGUUAUAAUAAAAGAAGAAUAAUUACCAGGGAAAUAUAAUCGCAUAUUAUUGUAGUGCCAUGUGUCAAAUAUUCCGCCAUUUUGUUUUAAACAUUUCUCUAUCAAGGACUUAGUGUACAAUUUGUGAUUGAUUAUUUUUUGUUCUUAAUGUUUCUAAAUCGUAAUUUGUAAUUUGUUAUGUUUUAAAGUGAUAACCCUCACUUAUGGGAUAAUUACACAAAUAAAAUUUAAAAACAAAACUUUAUGAACGACGCGGGAUUCAACCCCGCGACCGCUCGCGUUUCGUGUUGGCUGUGUCAUGUCAACUUCAUCUACAGGAUAUCCUAUAGAUGAAGCAACAACCUGAGAGUAAAGCUUGAACAAAGCAUACAAGAUUUUAUGACGAUACCUCACUCGAACGGUUGGCUCAGUUAGAAGAGCACUCAUAUGCACGCAAUUGUUUUCAAAUUUUAUUUGUGGUUAAGUAUUUCUCUGUCAGAAUGGCAUCAAAUUAUAUUUGCAUUCAGUGGUUGGUCAGUAGCAUACUGUAUUUAUUGAAAAAACUUAUGAUGUAUGGGGUUAUAAUAAGAAAGAGCAGUUAUACCGAUAGUUGCGCUCUCUCGCACAUACUGUUCUGAACUCCACGUGUCAUCACUGUAAAAGUAAUCAUUGUUUUAAAUCUAGAAUGGCAAUUAGAUUUCAAGUGUUGUGAAAUAGUUUUACUACUUGUAGGGACCUUUACUGUUAAACUUAACUACUGAAAUAUACUAAAAAUGAACUUUCUUUA